UUAAGUGGCUUUUCAAGGUUGAGGGCCAGAACAAAAGGAAGCCUUAAAGUUUGGAGCACAAUUCACCGCUGAGCAACAUACCCGCCAAAAUUUCUUGAAAUGGCAAUGAAGGAAGUUUACUAGUCUUGAAAUGGCGAUGAUGAUAUUCUCAGAAGAUUCCUUGAUUGACGUUCAUUCAGUUUCUAGUUUUUUUGCUCGAAAUGCUAUACAAAGUGCCUUUUUUGACAGCUCUUACUUCCUCUGUGUACCUACUGUGUCUUACGUGUUAAUUCUAGAAGUGACCACUGCUUCAAUGUUACAAGAAAACUGUUCGAUUAGGAAUAGUUGGAAAGUGGCAAUAGAUUGGGUUUCUUGUGUAGCUUUUGAUCAGAGUGGUCGUUUAUUGUUAUUGGCUCGAAAUACUCAGUUGCUGGUGUUACGUUUGGUUGAACAAAGUUGGAAACAAAUAUUUUCGUGUGAUAUGCAUUUUUAUCCUCGUGCCUUGACUAUAGUUGAUCGUGAUAGUUGUAAAUUUGAUAUAUUAGUAUCGGGUGCUUGUGGAGUAGUAAUUGUUCCUUGUAGUAUGGAAAACCAGGAGAAACUUUUGAUUACCCUUCUAGAAGGUACUGCAGGACAUCAGUGUUGUUGUCUGGUAAGUCUCAAUAGUAGAGUGGUGGCAGCUGCUACCACAGAUGGUAGAGCAGCUGUUUGGUUACGAGAAGAGAAAGCCGGUGAUUGGAAACCGGUGGCUUCUUUGAUGCCUCUACAUGAAGCAGUCACAGUAGCAGCUUGCGAUAGGAUAGUGGAUAUUGGAUUGUAUUAUCGUGAAGAGGAUAAGCUUUAUUGCUUGGCUCUCGGUUGGUGGGAUGGAGCAGUUUUGGUAUAUACAAGUCCUCAAGACUGCACGAAUUAUAAGUUGCAGUGGUCCAGAAGAGCUUGUUCCAACUGUCAUACUUGGAAAGACAUUCCUUGUGGAUAUUUAACUUGGCAUGUUAGUGGUCAACAGUUGAUAGUAUGCACGGAACCGUUUCGAAUUAGUAUUCUGAGUGCUUUGGAUGGCGCUGUGAAAAGUAUACUCUUCGUUCCGUCACAUUUUCUAUGCCAGGGUAUUUCCAACUGUAAAGAAUAUUUAUUUCUGUUGUCGAAGAACAUGUCUCAUUCGAAGUGGAGUGUCCUUCAAUAUUGGCGCUUUGGAGAUGAGACUUGCAGUACAGAAGGGGCGUAAUCGAAAGAAAAAAUUUUUUAGAUAAUUGCGCCAUUUCUCCAUGAAGUGGCAACUGCAGAAGACAAUCGUGGUACGUCGUUUUGGCUUGUUCGCUUUCAUUGAAAAGCCGCUUCACGUAUCCAGAGUUGUGUGUCUUUCACAGAUAUGUAACUGUUGUUUUCAGAAACAUAGACUGUGCAUUCCUUCGAAAGAAAAACAACUGGGAAGUAGAAGCUUUUUCUCUGGUGGAUUUCUAGAAAUCCCCAAAGUCCCAAAGAAGAACCAGACUACUGUACGUAUGCAACAAAACAGCAAAGGACCGUUAUCAGGGAAAGCUUGGUGGAGUGGCUUGUUAACGGGAACAGUUCUGUUUGCUCUUCUGAUACCUUACUUGUCCAAUCUCGCAUUCAACGAUGUUGUUCUAACGGAGGACGAUAUAAACUUGAAACUUCGGCA